AGCCAGAGGUUACUUGCUGUAGAGGAUGUUAUGUGUCCACAAGUCUCUGCUAUCACACCUUCGAGCCACGCGUUGCUAAUCCACACUCUCGAUGAGGAAUACAGGACCAAAGAGUUCAAACUAAAGGCAUACGAGUUACUAGGAGGCGCCGUAAGGAUUCCGACUGUGUGCUACGACGAUCUUGGUACUCCAGAAGAGGACCCGCGGUGGAAUGUAUUUAAUGAUUUCCAUACAUACAUCGAACAGCGUUUCCCAAAGGUCCACGCCACUCUACAACGCACCAAGGUUGCGACAUAUGCACUUGUCUAUCACUGGCAAGGAACGGAUACAUCUUUGAAGCCACUUCUCUUGGCCGCGCAUAUAGAUGUGGUCCCCACAAAUGCUGCAACCGAAGCUGACUGGAUCAACCCCCCUUUCUCGGGCUAUUAUGAUGGUGAGUGGAUUUGGGGAAGGGGCAGCUGCGAUGAUAAGCCUGGAGUGAUUGGCAUCAUGACGACUAUCGAGACUCUCCUAGAGCAAGGGUUUAAACCUACAAGAACCGUCAUCGUAGCUUAUGGCAUCGACGAGGAGCGUGGUGGGCCAACUGGAGCUGCGGCAAUUGGGGAGUAUCUUGUAGACACCUAUGGAGAAGAUUCCAUGUCAAUGAUUGUCGAUGAAGGAGGAGGAUACUCAGACUUGAGCGGCACCAUUUUUGCAACUCCCGCGGUUGCUGAAAAAGGGUACUUGGACGUUCGCGUAGACGUUCUCACACCUGGAGGACACUCAAGCAGACCCCCCAGACAUACCGGUAUUGGUAUCCUCGCCAGCGUUGUCACCGAGCUGGAGGCGAACCCGCACAUCCCGAAGCUUGCGCGCGACCGAACCUACUAUCAGGGUUUGCAGUGCAGGGCAAAGUACGAUGCUGGAUUCCCCUCUGGGAUGCGCAAACUUGUUAUCGAAUCGCAGACUAGCGAUGAGAAAUUGCAUGAGCUGGAGACAAAGCUUGAUGAUUUUGAUCCAGCAUAUUCUGCUUCAGCAGGUACAACUCAAGCCAUCGAUAUCAUAUAUGGUGGCGUUAAGAUCAAUGCACUGCCUGAAGCCGUUUAUGCCAUUACAAACCACAGAAUCGCCGACCACAGCUCUGUUUCUGAACUUCAAGACCGAUUUGCGAGCAUCGUCGCACCUGUUGCGGCAAAGCACAAUAUGUCCUUAAAUGCAUUUGGGACGAAAAUCGGCAUCGAGGCAUCUACAUGGGGUCUUGUGAAGGUUUCAGAUGCAUUUGGCUCUGCAUUAGAACCCGCACCUGUCACCCCAACUACCGGUAGCGGGCCAUACGAACUACUUUCGGGUACUAUCUUGUCCACGCUAAAAACCAACCUCCGUACGGACGACUUCCCUGAGUUUUCUGUCGUAUCACCUGGCCUUUCACUAGGUAAAUUAGCACACACGAGGCAUUACUGGAGCCUUACUAGACACAUUUUCCGAUAUGGUCACCGUGGUACUACUGAUGGCUAUAAUGGCGCGCAUACUAUUAAUGAAGCCAUCAAAGCAGAGGGCUUCUUGGAACAAAUUCGUUUCUUCACGAGGUUGAUCUUGAACGCUGACGAAACUGACCUCUUGGAUUGAUUCUGAGUACGAUGGGAAUGGGAUCUAGAAAUAGCCCCUAUGUCGCUUGUUACUUUUAGGUGAUUUCGCUUGUAUUUGCCGCGGUCACCGCGUGUGUACUAAGAUGGUGUGCUAAACAAACGAAUAAACGAAUUUCGCAUGGAAAACUUUUUGUUGGGG